GUGAACUCAACUGACUGGUUACAUCUGUAAAAGGGGAGUGGCUGGAGUACCAUAGUACUUCUGACCGUGCCUCAAACUACAUUAUAUAAACAGAAACCAGUUUGCUUGUGUGAGAAAAAGUACAGCAGAGAAACCAGCAGCAGUCAACAUGUCUUCAGAUCCGCACAAGAUCGCUCGAGCAGAGCUGUUUGAUUUCCAUGGCGUCUCAAUGACUCACUUUUACACAGACAACUGGGACAACGUCCAAAACUUUCAGGCCAGGCCAGAUGAUAUACUUAUUGUGACAUACCCCAAAGCAGGAACCACGUGGGUCUCCUACAUCCUGGAACUGCUGUAUUUUGGUCAGACAGAGCGUCAGACAUCCGUCCCAAUCUUUGAUAGAGUGGCUUUCUUGGAGAGCACCGUCUCACCUAAGGGUCCAGGAACAGACUUGGCGGACAACCUCCCCACUUCUCCUCGACUCAUUAAAACUCACUUGCCACACCAGUUUGUGCCAAAGUCCUUUUGGGAGCAAAACUCCAGGAUAAUCUACGUGGCUCGCAACGCCAAAGACAACGUGGUGUCUUAUUUUCAUUUUGAUCGCAUGAUCAGGACUCAGCCAGAGCCCGGAGAGUGGAGCAGCUACAUCCACAGAUUCAUGGAGGGAAAGAUGGUGUUUGGAUCCUGGUACGACCAUGUGAACGGCUGGUGGAAGAAGAAACGGACUCACUCCAAUGUCCAUUACAUGUUCUAUGAAGAUCUGAGUGAGGAUACUGGACGGGAAAUAGACAAGCUCUGCAGUUUCCUCGGUUUGUCCCAUUCGGACGAGGAGAAGAAGAGAGUUUUAAGCGGAGUGCAGUUUGAUAAAAUGAAAAAGGAUGACAUGAUCAACUAUUCGACGCACUGUGCUAUGGAUUUCAAAAUUUCUCCAUUCAUGAGAAAAGGAAAGGUUGGUGACUGGAAGAACCAUUUCACUGUGUCCCAGAGUCAACAGUUUGAUGAAGACUACAAGAAAAAGAUGAAGAAUUCACCACUUCAGUUCCGCACUGAAAUUUGAACAGGGCUGAAAAGGCUGUGUAUAUUUGUAGAUGGAUUAAUAACUCUUGUUGAAUGAAUAUACUACUCAGUGGGGAGCACAUUUUAUAUACAUUUCACACACGCAUUUCAGAUAUUACUCUGGGAUGUUAUUUAUCUCCCGGGUCUUUCCAUAAAGAGCAGGUCUAGACCGACUCUGGGAUGUUAUUUAUCUCCCAGGUCUUUCAUAAAGACCGGUCUAGACCGGACUCUGGGUGUUUUAUCUCCCAGUCUUU